AUGAAAGCAUCAUUAUUCGUUUGUGUCAUCUUGGUGGCGAUAUUUUUCAUGAUUGUUUCCGGACGCAAUAGCAGCACCACGGAUGAAGGAAUACAGCCCUGUCGUCGAAAUGUCCAGAAGAGCUGCACAUCCACCAAGAUGACCUGUGGCCGCUUAGGAAAAGCCAAUAUCUGCCAGGCCUUCAAGAACGACUGCCAGCGACAAUUGAGCAACUGUGACCCAAAAAAAUUCUAUCGUAAGGUGCACCAGAACCUCUGCCGUGGAAUGCCUGUCGAUGUGGUUCGACCCUGUGGCAGUAACUAA